GAGGAAGCGCUCGGUGCCUCCCGCCGCCUGGCACCGACCGGCCAGAAGCGGAGGAGAUCGACCGACUGACCGGCGGCUCUGAACUCCAGUUCGGGCAGGGUUUUUCAACGCUGCGGAGCCUCCCGCCAGCCUCUCUGGGCGAAGGAGGAGCGAAGGCGGGGCGGUCCCGGAGCGCGCAGAGAGAGAGAGAGAAAAAGAGACAAGAGGAGGGGGGAAAAAAGAAAGUUUUGCCCGGAGUUUGUGCAGUGGCGGCAAAGGAGCGGCCGGGCAUCUUGAGAGGAUGGACGCCCUCAAAUCCGCCGGCAGGGCUAUCAUCCGCAGCCCCAGCAUCGCCAAGCAGAGCUGGGUCAGCGGCCGGCACAAGAAACUCCCUGAGAACUGGACGGACACCCGAGAGACCUUACUGGAGGGAAUGCUCUUCAACCUGAAGUACCUGGGCAUGACAUUGGUUGAGCAGCCCAAAGGAGAAGAAUUAUCGGCAACGGCUGUCAAAAGGAUUGUGGCAACGGCAAAGGCCGGUGGGAAAAAACUCCGAAAAGUGACUCUGAAAGUAUCGCCCAAAGGGAUCGUUCUCAGUGACAGCAUAACAAAUGAAUCCAUUGAAAAUGUGUCAAUAUACAGGAUAUCCUACUGUACAGCAGACAAAGUACACGACAAAGUGUUUGCCUACAUUGCCCAAAGCCAGCACAAUGAGAACCUGGAGUGUCAUGCUUUCCUCUGUUCCAAGAAGAAAAUGGCCCAAGCCGUCACACUCACAGUUGCUCAGGCUUUCAAGGUAGCAUUUGAAUUUUGGCAGGCGUCCAGGGAAGAGAAGGAGAAGAGAGACAAAGCCAUCUUGGAAGGAGAGACCGCCAGCAGCCUAAAUUCAGAUACUUCCUCCCCAAAAGCAUUCACCGUAGAAAACCUGCUAGACUUGGAAAACGUCACCAAAACGCCUUUGAGCACAAAUUCUGUGCACGCGGAUGGCCGAAUCUUUGGGUCCCCUUCGUCAGAAAACAACAAUGUGUGGGCAAUGAAUGACGAACUGGAUGAAGCAUUUUCAAGGCUGGCCCAGUCCCGAACCAACCCACAAGUCCUUGACAUCAGCCUGACACCUCAAGACAUCCAAAGUGCUCAGAUCCUCUCGCCGGUUGACUGGGACAAAGUAGAUUCCACGACGGAGACCGAAAAAGACGACCAACUCUUUGAGUUCUGACAUCUUUUUUUUUUUCACUCAUUAAGCUUUUUUCUCCUCGAGUAAGAUAACCUCUAAGAACCUGAUGCACUGUAUUCUGCUGACUGUAACUGGAAAGGGUUAAUGAAAAGAGAAGAGGCCCCAAAGCCUUGAUUUGGUUUAGGUAGGGGUCAUAUUGACGCCCUUCAACUUCUGACCAAAGUUUUACUUCAGCUUUCCCCCCCCCUCCCCAAGUGUCUUCCAGAUAUAUUAGGACUAUAGGAAGCGUUAUCUGGUGGAUGCCAGAUUGGGGAGGUUGUAAGAGAUACUUUUAAUACAGCUUUUUAUGUAUGACCUUUUUGGGUCGUUGCUUUUAUGGAGAUGACAAGGUGCUCCUUGAGCAGAUUUAUUCAAAACGCUUUCAGAUUUGCAUCUAUUAUGGAGAUGAUAUAGCAUCAUGUAGCUUAACAUUAUACGUUGGACAGUUUUCCCCCUUGGGAUUGCAUGUGACAAGCAGUCGUGACAAUUGUGCUUCGUGAAGGACGCAGGAUUUCCUUAGCAAUAUCAGGACCUUCAGAUAUUUUUAUUUUAGAAGAGCUGAACUAGCUGGAGUGGGCUGGAGAAAUAAUGUUGGGCUCCUUAGAACAGAACUGAUAGUAGCUACCCAGCUGUUAGACAUGGCAAAGCUAAAGAAGGAUCUUGAUUGGGUUCAAGAAUGAAGUCGAUCAAACCAUUUGAACGUCCUUGGCCAUCAUCAGAGUGAGUCUCUUCUUACAUCCUUUGUUGUUCAAAUCCAUCUCUUAUUUUUCCUGCUGCUUCUGCAUCUUAACAGACAGCUUGCGUUUAUAUUUCUCAGCCAUAAUAUUAGGAGAGCAGCUAAUUGUUACCUUGAGCAACUCUGAGUUUAAGCUUACUUCACAUAAGUAGGAUGCUACAAGCUUGGGACAUUGUCUUAUAAAAGAUGGGAGCCAUCUUUUAUACUUUUGCACUCGGAGCCAACAGUUCCUGGCAUCCUAAUCUAGUUGAUGGCAUCCCAUAGCCACAGACAGCCCAAGACCUCUCCCAGGGAACGUCUGACCAAAGGCUGAAGGCAAACCACCCAAACUUAAGAAUUGUGAGAUCCAGAAAAUGGAACCAAACUGAGCUUUGUGGAGGAGCUGUGAAUGUGACUAGUUGGAGUAAUGAACACUCUUCUUUAUCUCAGCAUGUCUGAUAACCAUCUCUUCCCCAGGUCAGCCUCUGGUCCUGUUUCACUAUAUUCCUUCCAGGAAAAGGUAAAAGUGCUCAUCUCCAUUUUUUGGCCGAGGGAGCUAGCAUUGCCCAAAGACAAUUUCUGUGAUCAUGUAGCCAGCAUGGCUACAUCCCAAAGGCUCAUGGAAUACUGUUACCUUCCCACCAAAGUGUCAGAGCGUUUGCAGCAUGACUACUAUUAGGAGAAAACCCAGGAGCAAAACACAGCACACAGAGACUUGGACAUUUAACAAUGGUUUAUAUACAAGACAUAUGCAGAAAUAUACGUGGUUGGCAAAUACCUUACAAGCAAUCAGACUUCUUCUUAACUCUACGUGAGGGACUCUGCAAUGAAUACCAGAUAGAAUAGAAUAGAAUAGAAUAGAAUAGAAUAGAAUAGAAUAGAAUAGAAUAGAAUAGGAGUUUGAUUGGCCAAGUGUGAUUGGACACACAAGGAAUUUGUCUUGGUAUGUAUGCAAGGAGAGAGAAUACGCCCUCUCCUGGCUGAAAUUUAUAAACACCUCUUAAAGGGGUAAAAGACUUAUGUGGACCCCGUCAAGAGUCUUAAAGAGGUUACACCAUUGCUGAUUCCUUCUCAUUGUAUCGGCCUUAUAUUUCAUCAGCUUUACAGUUGCAUUAGCUUUACAUUGGCUGGUCAGCUUUAAAUGUUCAUUACCCUGACACAAAGUGAAUGGGGGCACUUUUAUCUUAGUAGAAUUUAUGAUACCAUUUACGGUAUCAUAUAUAUGAUAUCAUAAAUCAUAAAUUUAUGAUACCAUUCUUACGAUUAUCAGUGGGGGUUUUCUAAUGGGGUAAUUCCUUCUUCUCCUUUAAGAAAUCACUGGAAGCGCAUUGGUUGUCAUGUCAGGUCUUCAAGGAAUCUGUCAAACCUCAGCAUGCUUUCAUAAGGCACUCAUUGUCCCUCUUCUAUAUUCCUUGGAAUCUAGUCUGAAUCCUCUUGGCAGCCAGUGGCACAUAGUUUUCAACUGACAGUGAGUUGAACUCAAACAAAAUUCAGAGAAUGGCAUUUACCCUGGUUGCAUUUUCGCUUAAAUCAUAGGCUUAUAUUCAGCUGAAGUUUUAGAACCAGUGUUUCUCAGCUUUGGUAAAUUGAAGAUGACUAGACUUCAACUCCCAGGAUUCUCAGCAAUAUCUAUGCUGGCUGUGGAAUUCUGGGGGUUGAAGUCCAUAUACCUGGAAAUGGCAAAGGUUGGGAAAUCCUAUAUUAGACCUUAGGUGGAUGAGUUACACAAUGAAAUAGUUUUAAAGAAACUCUUUCUUAAUAUACAGGUAGUCCAUGCUUAGUAACGGUAAUUGGGACUGGUAUUUCUGUUGUUAAGUGAUGUGUUUGUAAAGUGUCACUCCAUGUGACCUUGUCACUUAGUGAUGGAAAUUCCAGCACUUCUGGUUGCUGUUGUCAAGCAAGUGCAACACUGAGACCGACGUAAGUAUGAGGACUGGUCAUUUCUACCACUUAUUCAGCACGGUCAUAAGUUCAAACGGUUGUUGAACCAGCGGUAGUUAACAAUGUACAUGAUGGGAAGAUGCUUUCGAGUUAGCCAUUUAUCAGGACACACUGAUUUUCCAAGGAUUGAGAAAUUGGAGGAAGGAAGUGGCGUUUGGAUACAAGGCUGCUACUCUGCAGCCUUGGAAAAGUGACGAUGAUUUCCCUUUCGUGUCCUUUUUUAUAAGGAUGCAAUUCCAUUUUAUAAACAGAUUUGCAUUUUAAUUAACACUAUAUACAUAUACAUUAUAUACAUUUACAUAUUUAUAUAUAUAUAAAUAUAU